AAGCGGAAGAGGGGAGAUGGGGGGAGGGGCAUUGACGAUAUAUAAACACAUAUACGAGGGCGAUUAAAAUAACUGCCUCCUGAUUUAUUAGUCUCCAGUUAUUUACUACUCUUCUCUAUACAUCGCUCAGUGUGUGUUUGUUGAGUUCUCUGCAGUAUUAUUAUUGCGUGUCGAACAAGUAGACAACUCCAGUGUCCUGCUGCUCUCACCGAAGAAGAAAUGGAGCUCGACGAUGCUAACAAUGGCGAGCAAGACCUAAGUCCAGAGCCAGACCUUCGGAGACCUAGCAAUGGCGACGCCUUCGAUACAGACCAGACGCAUCGUCUCACCGGUGAGAUUGACAGCACUUGCUCCACUCCUUACGUUAGCGCUCCCUCCAGUCCUGGACGCGGUCCCAAUGGCUACUUCUUCAGUGCUCCUGCCAGUCCAAUGCACUUCGUUCUAUCCUCUGCUCCUGCUUCUUCCUCUGCUUCUGCUUUCAUCUCUUCUUCGUCUGACCUCUCUGUUUCUGGUUCUUUUGAGUUCGAAUUCUCGGCAAGGUUUCCUUCCAACGCUUCUACCGCGUCUGGAUCUAUGAUUUCAGCUGAUGAGCUGUUCUUGAACGGUCAGAUCCGACCGAUGAAGCUGUCCAAUCACCUACAGAGGCCUCAGAUCUUAUCUCCAUUGUUGGAUCUUGAAGUCGAAGACGAGGACGAGGAAGCUAAGGGCUCCACAGAGUUAGAGUUCGAGAAACGCGACGAGUCAUUGAUGAGAGGGAGAGAUCUCAGGCUACGCAAUAGAUCACUGCACCGGCGGGCUAGAUCUCUGUCUCCGCUCAGAAAUACACAGUUUCAGUGGCAUGAAGAGGAAGAAUAUCACCAAGAGCGAGAGGCUAAUGAGCGUCAUCUAGACCUGGACGAUCCUGAGAGUAAACAGACGGAAACUCCUUCGACGGGAACCACGCCUUCGGUUUCUGCAUCUUCUUCUAGAUCUUCUUCUGGAAGGAGUUCCAAGAGGUGGGUCUUUCUGAAAGACUUUCUGUACAGAAGUAAAAGCGAAGGGAGAGGGAACAGUAAAGAUAAGUUCUGGUCCUCCAUCUCCUUCUCUCCUGCUAAAGAGAAGAAGCCUUCAUCAACGUCUCUCCCAUUCUCUUCCUCCAAGGAGAAGAAACCUUCAGCGGCACCCACAACGGCAGAUACUCAUAAGCCGAAGCGGCAACAAGUUCCCGCCAAGAAAACUACUGCGGCAAAACCCGCCAACGGGGUCGGGAAGCGCCGGAUUCCGCCCUCACCCCACGAGCUGCAUUAUACUGCAAACAGAGCUCAGGCGGAAGAGAUGAAGAAGAAAACUUUCUUGCCUUACAGGCAAGGACUAUUGGGAUGCCUAGGGUUUAGUUCCAAGAGCUACGGUGCCAUGAACGGAUUUGCUAGAAGUCUAAAUCCCGUCUCUUCCAGGUAGAUCUACAUCAGGGUUUGAACUUGAUGAAGAGGCUAGGAGAUUCUGUAUAGUUUCCCUUUUCUUUCUUAGGGAUUCCAUUAAUCACUGUAAUUUUUCUGGUUUUCUCUUUUGGUCAAAAGAUAGCUUGUUCAUCAACGGAUUUGCUUCCACAACUUAUGAGAUUGUGGGGUUUCAAGGCCCCCCAAUUUGCCUUGAAAGUAGGCGAAGCAAAUUAUAAAUUCCAUUCUCUUCACAAUCCGCCGUUGCCAUUUGUAUCUUUCAUUCAAAACAUAUAUAUGAAAUUCCAUUUUCUCCUGGAGUGGAGCUCA